UUAGACUUAGUAUACAGUAUGUAUAAAAUUGCAAUAACACCGAUUUGCUAUUGUUUUGUUAUAUUUUUUAAAAUGAUGUCAGACGCACACCCUAUAUGUAUGGACGAUAGUGCACCUACAAUCAGAGAUGCGAGUAGAAAAUUCAAAUUGUGUGCACAGUUCGAAUGGUUCGGUUGCUGCAAUUCACAAAAAGUUGAGAAAAUUCAAGAUAAACUUGACGAAAUAAUUGCAAGAGACAAAAACAUGUCUGAAACUUGUAGAAAUCUAUUGGAAGAAAUGCUAUGCCAGCAAUGUUCAGCCUGGUCGGGGCACAUGUACUCAACAGAAUACAACUUUGACGAAACAAAAACUAUUAAAUAUCCUGGAAUUUGCCCCAAAUAUGCAGGGAAAUUAUACAAAAAUUGCAAAUCGUAUUUUCCAAUAAUUUUUGAUCUGAAAGAAACAAUUGAAUUUUCCGAGUUCAAUGAACUUAUGAAAGCCGGUUCAGAUCGAUAUUGCUACCCCGACGUGGAAAACGUAGAACAAUCUGUGAGACGUCAAGGGAAUCAUGAAAAUUGUUUCCGAUUUUGCCUUGAGGAAGUUGUCAAUGGCUUGUAUCAACCCAUUUCUGCUAAAUUCCUCGAUGACGGCACUAGAAGGUUUUUGGUUGCCGAGCUUCGAGGUGUUAUCUGGAUGUAUUUAUCUGAUCGAUCGAAGAUAGCAACGCCAUUCCUUGAUAUCUCUGAUAAAGUUAGAGCUGAUAUGACUUCACAAGUUGAAAUUGGAUUUAAAGACUUCGUUUUUCAUCCAGACUACAAAACCAACGGAUACUUUUAUGUAAUGUACGUUUAUUCUGGACUGAAUCUGCGGAUCUCAAGAUUUGAAAUUUCCAAAAAUGACAUGAACAGAGCUGAUAAAAAAUCCGAAUUGGUAAUUCUCCAAGGAAUCCAUCUGGACGGAACAUCACACAACGGCGGUUCAUUGUUCUUCGGAAAAGAUGGAUUCCUUUAUAUUUCAAUAGGAGACGGUGGAAACAUGCAAGAACCAUAUAACCGCGCUCAGAGCAAAAACAAAUACCUUGGUAAAAUUUUGCGAAUCGAUGUCAACAGUGAACAUGGUCGAUAUUCUAUUCCCGAAGACAAUCCUUUCGUUAAGGAUAAAAAGGCGAAACAUGAAAUUUAUGCGUAUGGACUUCGCAAUCCUUGGAGAUGCUCAAUGGACAGAGCCGAAGGAGAAGAGAGAAUAUUCUGUGGUGAUGUAGGAUUGAAUUCAUAUGAAGAAAUUGAUAUUAUUCAAAAAGGCGGAAAUUAUGGAUGGAGAAUAAGAGAAGGGUUUCACUGUAGUCCGAUUAAAAACACUGGAUGCACGUCGGAUGAAAACAACCUUAAAAAGAAAUUCAUCGAACCGAUAAUCGAACACGAUCACUCGGAAAUGGCAGCUAUCAUAGGUGGAUAUGUUUAUCGUGGGUGUAAAUACCCAGAAUUAAAUGGACUUUACUUCUACUCCGGAUUUCAGUAUGUAAGUCCAAUUGCCCUGAAGGAGAUAGACGACGGGUCAUGGGAAAGGUUUGGAGUUUGCUUUGAAGAGAAGUUGUGCACAAACCAUGGACUAUCAAGUAGAGAAAUGUUUGUAACUUUAUCGUUUGCUGAAGAUACUGAUGGUGAACUGUACUUACUCGGUUCUGCGGUAUCAAAUGCUGGGCAAGCUGGCGGACGAAUGCACAAAUUAAUCUACAUGGGUUCUGAUGGCGAAAGUCAGUCAGAAGAUAGCUGCGGAGAAUCUCGUCCAACAACAAACGUAAGAAUAAACAAUGAUACAACUGUUAUCAAAUACAAAGAAUCACCACGGUUAUAUUUCCGCUUUAUGAAAGGAAACGCAUACAAUGGAUUGAACGGUAGAUUGGGGGUGCGAAAAGAAGGUGGAGAAUGGGGUACAGUAUGUGGAAAACAUUUCACAAAGGCUAACGCAGCCGUCAUCUGUCAGAUGCAAUCACGUUUCUAUCCGAAAGGUGACGUUUAUUCAUCCAACAAAGAGUUCGGAAUUGGCGAUGGACCUAUUUGGGUGUCAAACAAAAACUGUGAUAGAUCAAAAAAUACUUUUCUUGAAUGUGUACGAAACGAAUGGGGAGAAGUUGAUGACUGCACUCAUAAAGAUGAUGUUGCUAUAAAAUGCAGGUACUGACAACAACUGUUCUACAUCAUCAGACACGAAGUGAGCUUAAGGAUCUGUUGACUAAUUAUUAUUGUUCUAUUGAAAAGUCUCCUUUCUCGGCAACCAAUGAAACAGUAUUCGAAGAUGUUACUACAAGAAUAUUUUGCUAUUAUCAUAGUCUCAAUAUUUUAUUUUAAAUUUGCUCAUUUUAAAUUCUCAAGCAUAUCUUUAUAUGGUAUUCGGUACACAUUUUGAUAUAACAUUUGACACAAUUCAACUAACCAUAUUAGAUAUUUAACAUCCGUGUCCAUGUAUUUGAGCAUUGUUCUAUUUCUAGACAGUUUAUUAUACACAGUUUAUUAUUAUAUAGUCUUAUCAUUAUCUCUGAUAUAUAUGCAAGAAUAAAGGAGAAUCUUUUGAUUGACAA